UAAAAAAAGCUAAACUCCAAGGACCACCAGAUAAAUUCAAUACGUAUGUCACUCUGAAAGUGCAAAAUGUGAAGAGCACGACAGUAGCCGUGCGAGGUGACCAGCCCUGCUGGGAACAGGACUUCAUGUUUGAGAUCAGUCGGCUGGACCUGGGCCUGAUUGUGGAAGUAUGGAACAAAGGACUGAUCUGGGACACCCUGGUUGGGACCGUGUGGAUUGCGCUGAAGGCCAUUCACCAAUCUGAUGAGGAAGGUCCUGGGGAGUGGUCUACACUGGAGGCAGAAGUUGUAAUGAAACAUGAUGAAAUCUGUGGAACCAAAAACCCAACUCCUCAUAAAAUUUUGCUGGACACAAGAUUCGAGUUACCUUUUGAUAUCCCUGAAGAAGAGGCCAGAUACUGGACCAGAAAAUUAGAACAAAUAAAUUCACUGGGAGAUGAGUAUUCCUUUCAGGAGGAAGUCCAGAAGAAACCAUUGCCCAGUGCUGCCUCCCAGUGUUGCAACUGGAGUUAUUUCGGAUGGGGAGAGCAGCUGACCUUUGAAGAUGCUGACAGCGCUGUGGAUGAUCGAGACAGUGACUAUCGCAGUGAGACAAGUAACAGUGUUCCUCCUCCGUACCACACGACUGCGCAGCCCAAUGCCUCUGUGCACCAGUUCACUGUAGCGUCACGCCUGCAGCAGCAAGGGGUCUUGCGGGAGUCCUGUACUGACUCCCUACAAAAUUAUGAUCUGGAUUAUCGGGACCAUGUGGCCAUCAGUCCUGCUGGCAGUAGUAGAUAUGGCUCCUCUUGUAAUGUCAGCCAGGGAAGCUCUCACCUAAGUGAGCUGGACCAUUCCCAUGAAAGUGCCCAUGGCUCUGAGCAUGAUGAUGAUCACCAGGAAAGAGAGUCAAAUCAUUCCUACCGCAGUUCAGGCAGCUACCAGAAGGAUGGUCAGGCAUGGCUCAGGGAGCAAGAGGAGCCUCUCAGCAAGAGAGAGGAGGAGAAGGUCUGCGAGACAGAGGAGAAACGUGCAGACCAUUCUGCAGCUAAGUUACCUCCGGAACUUGAGAAGCCCAAGGACUCUGAUGCAGCAGCCCAAGUGAGCUACCAUGGUGACAACGAGCCACCACCAUUUCCUCCAGCAAGAGCCCAUUGGAUUAGAGCCAUUAGCAAAGUUCGACUGCAGCUUCAAGAGGGUCAAGAUGAGGCUGAUCCAUCAAAACCACCUUGGCUCAAAGGAGGGCCUGCAGGUGGUCUCUAUGGCAUUGAUAGCAUGCCUGAUUUACGCAAAAAAAAGCCAAUUCCACUUGUCAGUGAUCUGGCCAUGUCACUGGUUCAGUCCCGGAAAGCCGGAAUUACCUCAGCAAUGGCCACUAGAACAUCUCUCAAAGAUGAAGAGCUGAAAGCUCAUGUCUAUAAGAAGACCUUGCAAGCCUUAAUUUACCCCAUCUCUUGUACAACCCCGCACAACUUUGAAGUGUGGACAGCCACAACUCCUACCUACUGCUAUGAGUGUGAGGGGCUGCUGUGGGGUAUUGCACGGCAGGGAAUGCGCUGCGGUGAAUGUGGAGUCAAGUGCCAUGAGAAGUGCCAAGACUUGCUCAAUGCUGACUGCUUACAGAGAGCAGCAGAGAAGAGCUCAAAGCAUGGAGCUGAAGACCGAACCCAGAAUUUCAUCAUGGCCAUGAAGGAUCGCAUGAAAAUCCGGGAGCGGAACAAGCCAGAGAUCUUUGACUUGAUCAGAGAUGUGUUCUGUGAGAGCAAAUUGACACAUGCUCAGCAGAUGAAGACAGUGAAGCAGAGCGUGCUUGAUGGCACCUCAAAAUGGUCAGCAAAGAUCACAAUCACGGUGGUAUGUGCUCAGGGUCUGCAGGCCAAAGACAAGACUGGGUCCAGCGAUCCAUACGUAACUGUUCAAGUUGGUAAAACAAAGAAGAGGACAAAAACCAUUUUUGGGAAUCUGAACCCCAUUUGGGAAGAGAAGUUUUACUUUGAGUGCCAUAAUUCUUCUGACCGGAUCAAGGUACGAGUAUGGGAUGAAGAUGAUGACAUCAAGUCGCGUGUCAAGCAGAGGCUGAAACGCGAGUCAGAUGAUUUCCUGGGGCAGACAAUCAUUGAAGUCCGUACUCUGAGCGGAGAGAUGGAUGUGUGGUACAACCUUGAGAAGCGAACAGAUAAGUCUGCCGUGUCUGGGGCUAUUCGCCUGCAAAUCAGUGUGGAGAUCAAAGGCGAGGAGAAGGUGGCUCCUUAUCAUAUUCAGUACACUUGCCUUCAUGAGAACCUCUUUCACCAUCUCACAGAUGUGCAAGGGAAUGGGGUGGUGAAGAUCCCUGAUGCCAAAGGAGAUGAUGCCUGGAAGGUGUAUUUUGAUGAGACAGCUCAAGAGAUCGUGGAUGAAUUUGCCAUGCGUUACGGCAUUGAAUCAAUAUACCAGGCCAUGACGCAUUUUGCAUGUCUCUCCUCUAAAUACAUGUGCCCAGGCGUGCCAGCUGUGAUGAGCACCUUACUUGCCAAUAUCAAUGCUUAUUAUGCACACACAACUGCCUCCACAAAUGUGUCUGCUUCGGACCGCUUUGCAGCCUCCAAUUUUGGGAAAGAACGAUUUGUGAAGCUUCUGGACCAGCUUCAUAAUUCACUUCGGAUUGAUCUCUCAAUGUACAGGAAUAACUUCCCAGCCAGCAGCCGCGAACGGCUGCAGGACCUGAAGUCUACAGUGGAUUUGCUGACUAGCAUCACUUUUUUCAGGAUGAAGGUCCAAGAGCUGCAGAGUCCACCCCGAGCCAGCCAGGUAGUGAAGGACUGUGUAAAAGCUUGCCUCAACUCCACCUAUGAGUACAUUUUCAACAAUUGUCAUGAGCUGUACAGUCGCGAGUACCAGACAGAUCCUAACAAAAAUCAGGACCUUCCUCCUGAGGAACAGGGCCCCAGCAUAAAGAAUCUGGAUUUCUGGCCGAAGCUCAUUACUUUGAUAGUUUCCAUCAUAGAAGAGGACAAGAAUUCUUACACCCCAGUCCUGAAUCAAUUUCCUCAAGAGCUGGCUGUUGGGAAGAUCAGCGCGGAGGUAAUGUGGAGUCUUUUUGCCCAAGAUAUGAAAUACGCCAUGGAAGAGCAUGAGAAACACAGAAUAUGUAAAAGUGCAGACUAUAUGAAUUUACACUUCAAAGUGAAGUGGCUGUACAAUGAAUAUGUUCGUGAUCUGCCUGCCUUCAAGGGACAAGUGCCUGAAUAUCCAGCGUGGUUUGAGCAGUUUGUGAUGCAGUGGCUGGAUGAAAAUGAAGAUGUUUCCUUAGAAUUCCUGCACGGUGCUCUGGAGAGAGAUAAAAAAGAUGGGUUCCAGCAAACGUCCGAGCAUGCUCUGUUCUCUUGCUCAGUAGUGGACGUCUUCACCCAGCUCAACCAGAGUUUUGAGAUCAUUAAGAAGCUGGAGUGCCCAGACCCGAUGAUUGUUGCUCAUUAUAAUAGGAGGUUCGCUAAGACUAUUGGGAAGGUAUUGAUGCAGUAUGCUGACAUCGUCUCCAAGAGCUUCCAGUCUUACUGUUCCAAGGAGAAACUGCCCUGCAUCCUGAUGAAUAACAUCCAACAGCUGAGGGUGCAGCUAGAGAAGAUGUUUGAAGCCAUGGGUGGUAAAGAGUUGGAUGCAGAAGCAAGUGACCAUCUCAAAGAGCUCCAGGUGAAGCUGAACAAUGUUUUGGAUGAGCUGAGUGCUGUGUUUGGUAACAGCUUUCAGACUCGUAUUGAUGAGUGCAUCAAGCAAAUGUCUGAUAUCCUCUGCCAAGUGAAAGGGACUGGAAAUGUUGCUGCUAAUGCCAGAAACACGGUUGCACAAGAUGCAGAUAAUGUCCUGAGACCAUUGAUGGAUUUCCUGGAUGGAAACCUGACACUGUUUGCGACUGUGUGUGAAAAGACAGUGUUGAAAAGGGUGCUGAAAGAGCUCUGGAGGGUGGUAAUGAAUACCAUGGAGAAGUUGAUUGUGCUGCCUCCUCUUACAGACCAUACGGGCACACAGCUGAUUUUCAGUGCUGCUAAGGAACUUGGACACUUGUCAAAGUUGAAGGAUCAUAUGGUGAGAGAAGAAACUAAGAGUCUCACUCCAAAGCAGUGUGCUGUUUUGGAUCUGGCACUGGAUACAAUCAAACAAUAUUUCCAUGCCGGUGGGAACGGUCUGAAGAAAACCUUCUUGGAGAAGAGUCCGGACCUGCAGUCACUUCGAUAUGCUCUCUCUCUCUACACUCAGACCACAGACACUCUCAUCAAAACCUUUGUCCAGACUCAGACAGCUCAGGUGCAUGAUGGGAAAGGUAUUAGGUUUACCGCUAAUGAGGACGUUCUUCCUGAUAAGGGGUCUGGUGUGGAUGAUCCUGUGGGUGAAGUGUCCAUACAGAUUGACCUGUAUACCCACCCAGGAACUGGUGAACACAAGGUCACGGUGAAAGUUGUGGCAGCCAAUGACCUGAAGUGGCAAACGUCCAGCAUGUUCCGUCCAUUCGUUGAAAUCACCAUGAUUGGGCCCCAUCAGAGUGACAAGAAGAGGAAGUUCACAACCAAGUCAAAGAGCAACAACUGGGCUCCAAAAUACAAUGAAACCUUUCACUUCAUACUGGGGAAUGAAGACGGCCCUGAUGCCUACGAGCUCCAAGUCUGUGUGAAAGACUACUGCUUUGCUCGGGAGGACCGAGUACUGGGGAUAGCAGUGAUGCAGCUCAGAGACAUAGCAGACAAAGGAAGCUGUGCAUGCUGGUGCCCCCUCGGGCGCAGAAUUCACAUGGAUGAGACUGGACUUACAAUCCUGAGGAUCCUCUCUCAAAGAACCAAUGAUGAAGUUGCCAGAGAAUUUGUGAAGCUGAAAUCUGAAUCCCGCUCCACGGAGGAGGGCACCUGAGCUGUGUAAAGUUCCCUUUUCUCUUCUGCCUUGUGCCAAUAUGUGCAAGUGUUCAACAAUUCUCUUUUAUUAGAAAAAGUUUUUUCAUGUUGUCUUUGUCAGCUCCAAUAGCGCACGUGUGCUGUACAGGAAACAAGUCCAUCAAUCUGAUGUGAAUUAUUUGGUUUUUAGUAGCUGGUAAGACACCGUAGAGAAUGAGACAAUCUCUUCUUGUUUAAGAUGCAAAUUCUGCUUUGUGUAUAUAAGUUAUUUUAUAUUGUAGGCUGGGUAUGCUGGGUUUUGUUGAUAUGCAGCACUGUGAUUUUAUCCUCUGAAGUUGGCAGAUGUUAAAAAGGCUCUACAUAAUCACACUAUGAUGCAAACACACAACUGUGUGGAAAUUGGGAGGAGAAGAAUGAUUUGGGGUUUUGGCAAAGCACAGUUGUCUCU